UAUUCGUUUGGCAAAUGAGCGAAAUGGUAAAUAAAGCUCGAGUAGGCAAAUCGUUUGUGGAGCUGUUGGAGGCCUGCAGACGUAGUAAAUUUGUAGAUUUCAUUAUUGAAGACAAUGUAGUUCGUCAAUUAUCUCUCACGCCUAUCGGUCGAAUGCUGUACGACAAUCUGCGCAAGCAGUGGAACCACAUGAUAGGCAGUUCAAUGGCUGGUACAACUUCCGUACCCGUAUAUACCGGCAGUGGCAGCUUGAAUUUAAGAGAAAACUUUAACUUUAUACGGGAAAAUUAUCCUUUAAGUUUUCCUUUUGGUCUUACGGUAGAGCAGGAAAAGAGCAACUAUUCGGUGAUGCUUGGAGACCACUUUUCGCUGGAGCUCCCGGUGGCUAAUGAGUUGUGUACGACCUACCUUGUACCACCGCAGAUGGCAAAACAGUUUCUUUAUCAAACACAACGGCAGCGCAAGAUAUGGUGGAUGCGUUUUUCCGAUAAUCCCGGACGAUACUUUAUCUCCGAUGCAAAGGCCAGCGAAAACGCAGAAACCACAACUGUAUCGAUAUGUUCCCGAUUCGCUGAACGAAUGGACGAACCAAUCGCACUGGAGCUGGAGCAUUUAGAACUGUUGCCCAAGGGACUAGGAGAAGAUGAGUUGGACAAACUUCAUUUGACGGUUCCAAAUUCGAAGAAGAAAAUCAAACCUUCUGUGGUGCGCGUACGGCAUGAGCUUACGCGUGCCACAUUAGCCAUUUUGAUGGAUGCUCUAGAAUCCCAUUCAUCUGGGAAGUGUGUAAAAAUACAUCGGAAAAUUGCGCCGUUCAAGUGCGGUAUCGUGUACCAAUCGCAAGAUGAUUCCCUACGGCACGAUCUGGAAGAUCUUUCUAAGCAUCUCUCGAUUGUUCUUCGCAAGGCACAAAUUUCCGUACUCAACUGCGCCCUGGAACAACACGGUAAAACGCCAGAAAGCAGCUACCAGCGGCGGAUUGCCCAUCUGGAUGUCAUCGGUGUACCAUAUACAAUCGUGCUUAACAACGAAUCCCUGAAAACUGGCCUUAUGCAGCUCCGAUCACGUGAUACAACCCUUUGCGAAACGAUUCAUAUUUCUGAUCUGCCGGAAUAUUUAAUAAAAAUCGUAGCCAGCUAA